AGGCCGGCCACGUCGAGAGCGGCCACAGCGGCUUCUGGGCGUUUCUGCCGAGUUCGCCGUCUUCGCCGCUUGUUGGCACCACCUCCGCCCGCGUGUGCGACACAAGAACUCGCAGGUCGCCCUGCGGCGGCUUCCCGUAACUUCACUCGCGCCAUCGACAGCGAGCGGCGCGAUGGCGGGGAAGGUGCUGAGGGAAGGCGACCCAGCGCCAGCACCGGUGGCGCCCGGAAAUCUGCGCCUCUACAGCAUGCGCUUCUGCCCCUUUGCCCAAAGGCCCCGUCUUGUCUUGGCAGCCAAGGGCAUCGAAUACGAGACGGUGAACAUCCACCUGAAGGCGAAGCCGGCAUGGUUCCUGGAGCGCUGUCCAGGGGGGCUGGUGCCAGUGCUGGAGAACGACAGCGGCGAGCUGGUGCCAGAGUCCCUGGUGGUGUCCGACCUCCUAGAUCAGCUGUACCCUGAGCCGCCCCUCUACCCACGGGGCCAGCCCUACACGCAAGCCAAGCAGCGCCUGCUCAUCGAGGGAUUUGGCAAGACGGUGAGCCUCUUCUACAAGAUUUUUAGCGCCUCGCUGAAGGAGGAGAGUGCCGUCGAGGCGGAGGGGGAGUUCCAGAAGUCGCUGGCGCCAUACGAGAAGCAUCUACAGGCCUCGGGCAAGACGUUCCUGGGUGGUGCCCGGCCCAGCAUGGCCGACUACAUGGUGUGGCCGUGGAUGGAACGGCUGCCCGCCGUGGGCGCACUGCGGGUGCUUGAUGCGCUGCCUCAUCUCAAGGCCUGGUGGGAGGCCAUGAUGAAGGAUGCGGCUGUGAUAGCGACAUUCAUGGACAUGGACACCUACAAGGAGUUUGGAAAGCGCUACGCAGCCAAUGACAUGGAGUCGUACGACAUAGGGCUGUAGGGCGUGUGCUUCUGGAGGCCCUGCCGACCCAACCGCCAGCAUCUCGACCCCAUUGUGGGCAGAUUGGUCUCCAUGUCUUCGUUACAGGAUGAUGAUGAUUGACAAUUCUGGGUGAAAUUGCAUUGAUUGGAAUGGAGAUAGAGAAAUUAAAAUGGUCGCUUGUUAAAACGCACUUCCUUUAUAUUUUUUGCCGUACAAGUAAAUUGUAUUUUUAAAUUGCG